GGUGGUGCUAAGGGUGGUGCCAAGGUUAUCAUUGAACCUCACAGACAUGCUGGUAUCUUUGUUGCCCGUGGUAAGGAAGAUCUCUUAGUUACCAAGAACUUGGUACCUGGUGAAGCAGUUUAUGGUGAAAAGCGUAUCUCUGUAGAUGGCCCUGAUAACACCAAGAUUGAAUACCGCGUCUGGAACCCCUUCAGAUCCAAGUUGGCUGCUGCUGUCUUGGGUGGUCUUGACCAUAUCCAUGUUGCUCCUGGUAAAAAGGUUCUUUACUUGGGUGCUGCCUCCGGUACCUCUGUCUCUCACGUAGCUGAUGUUGUUGGUCCUGAAGGUGCUGUUUACGGUGUUGAAUUCUCUCACCGUCCCGGUCGUGAUUUGAUCAACAUGGCCAAGAAGCGUACAAAUGUUGUGCCUAUUAUUGAAGAUGCUCGUCAUCCUCAAAAGUACCGUAUGUUGAUUCCUGAAGUCGAUGUGAUCUUUGCUGAUGUUGCUCAACCUGAUCAAGCCCGUAUUAUUGCUUUGAACGCCCAUUACUUCCUCAAGAAUGAAGGUCACAUUGUUAUUUCUAUCAAGGCUUCUUGUAUUGAUUCUACUGUUGAUGCUGCUACUGUCUUUGCCCGUGAAGUCAAGAAACUCCAAGAAGAAAGAAUCAAGCCUCAAGAACAACUUACUCUUGAACCUUAUGAAAGAGAUCACGCUGUCGUUGUUGGUAAAUAUGUUAGACACAAGUAA